AUGACAUGCAUCUCGGCCGAUGCACCAACAGUUCGAGCAAGUACAGACAACAUGAAGAAUUUUCUUAGUUUUGUCUAUAUGAAUGAACCACUUCUUAAACAAUAUGGUGCAAUCAAAAUCGCAGUACCUACUGAAUUUCAAUCUGCCAAAAAAAAGAAUCGAAUAAAACUCAUGACUCCUUCCAUGACUCAACAGGUUAUGCGAUUAAAUCAAAAUGAUUUUAUCUAUUCUGUUGAUUCAGUGCCUUGUUUCAAUGAGAAAGAACAACAUCAACCAUCACAUUUAGAUGAAGCAGGUUUUUGGUCAUCAUUAUCUCAUUUUAAUUAUCCACAGAAAAUAUCAAGUGUCUCCAAAAUACCAGGGGCGAGUUUUUUUUUAAAACGUGUUCGCCGAACUGACUUGGAUAUUCAUCAAUUACCUCGUCGAUCACUGCUCAGAUUGUGUGAUAAAAAUAUUCUUCGUCAAUUUGUUCCAUCUUUGAUUCGAACACAUGGGCCUGGUGCGAUCUCACCGUUGGCCUCUGGUCGUCAACGUCUUCUCUCGUUUAACUAUCAUCACGAAGGCGGUGUUCGUUAUUGGUAUAUUGUGCCAGCAAAUGAACGAAAUGCUCUUGAACGCCUUUUUCAUCAUCAAAAGACUUCCGCUUGUCUUGAACAUGGAUGUAUACUGAUGGAUCCUCUAAUGUUCGACAAAUAUAAAAUUCGCUAUCAUAGGCUAAUUCAGCAACCUAAUGAAAUUAUCAUCAUAGGAGCAGGUGCUCUAUCUCAAAGUUUCACUGAUGAUGCAAGUUGGAGUGAAACAAUCGAUUUUGCACUGCCUAGCUGGCUCGAUGAUGGGCAUGCACAGGCUCAAAUAACAUGUGAUUGUCAAUUAGACAAAACUUCAAAAUCAGAAAUAAUCGAUACUAAAUUAUUCAGUCGUGGAAUCAUACAACGAUAUAUUAGCAGCAAUUUAAAUUAUCUAACUGAAGAAACAUCUUCAUCUUAUACAGAUAAACCAAAUCUGGCAAUGAGUGAUACAGCAUUAUUCUCUAAUAUUUCAUCUGGAUCUUUUGAUUUAUCAUCGAAUCAAGUAGCUGACUCUUGUAUGUGGAAUAGCGCAUUGGAAAUCGAAGAUAUUGACGAUGACAGGCAUUUAAAGUUAUUAAAAACAGCCGAGGAAGUUUCAUUGCACAUAGCAUCAAAUGGUAGUAGUAGUAGUAUUAGUAGUAGUAGUAGUGAUAUUACAGCACCACAUAUAUAUUCAACUUCGUUCGGAUCAAUCAAUGAUUUUUACGCACUCUCACCACCAAAAGAUUUCUAUGAAGAUAUAAUGGAAGCGAGCACAAGCGAACCUCGCUGUUUAUCUCUUCAAGAAAUUAUAGAUCUAUUAGCUACCCCACCAAGUACUAUUACGUCGACACAAUGUCAAACUGAAGAACUUAUUAAUGACCACACAAAUGUCAUGAGUUCUCUAUCAUCAUUGCAUAGUAGUACUACAGUCAAAAGCAUUGAAAAUUCAAAAGCGUUUAAAAAUAAACGCACGAAAAAAAACAGAAAUUCCUACAAAACUUUAGUAAUUCACAAUAUGAGAAAUAACGUGACUUCAGGCGACAUACGGCGUCAUUUUGUCGGCUGUACGAAAGACACAAUCAAACGUAGUUACAUGUCGUCACAUCUUAACUACGCAUUUGUUCUGCAUCGUAAACGCAGAGAUGCUGAGUAUAAUCUAAGACGACCUAUUAAUAGUCAUGUUUUUGGUUCUAAUUGCUACGUCGAAUUUAUGAAGGAAGAUUUUCAACUUUCUAGAAUAUAUCGAAAUGCUGAUGUAUGGAAUGUUAUGGUCAAAGGAGUACCUAUAGAUGUUACAGAAACGGAUUUACGUAACUUGUUUAUUGGUUGUCACUCAAUGAAAUUCAUUCCAGCACGUAUUGUUGACCAACGAAGACCACAUUUAGCACCAAGAACUAAGCAUAAAGUAUUGUAUGGAUAUGCAUUUCUGUAUUAUACAAGUAUUGAAGAAGCUGUCAAUGUGGUGAAAAAUGCGGACAAAUUUCAAAUUUCAAAUCAACCUCUUACAGUUACUUUCUAUGAUGCAAUGAAAUCAUCAUGGGCACAAAAGAAGAUGGCCUAUCUUUCUCAAUCAGUGAAACAUUCACAGUAA